UUGCUUCAGCAAAUUUCAUGGCGCCGCUAACUCUUGAUGCUCUCUGGGAUUUUGGGUUCAGAAUUCAGUGGACUCAUACUUGUUGUUUCAUACUCAGUUUCCAGGCGACAGGCGUGAUGGUAGAGGGGAAGAGGGAGAGGGCGGAGGAGGCGUCCGGGAGCCCGCAGAAAUCCCCGCGCCUGGACCCGCUGGUUGCGCCCGCGGCUGGUCCAUCGUCCGAGGAAGCGGAGCCGGCAACCAGCAGCGACAGUACCGUCGACAGUAUGGACGACAGCGGGCGGUGCCACCACAUACUUUACGACCUGGAAAUAGUGGUACAGGAUCUCAAGGUCGCAAACAAGGUCCUCAAGGGUCCCCGGCAGUGUCAGCGUCGUGAUUGCAAGACGACCUGGAAGGGAGGCGGUGAGGACGACCAUGGGAUGACUAAGUGCAUAGACUGCGCCCUUUUUUUCUGCUCUGGGUGGCCGGUGGACAGGGAAAGUCCGAAGGGACACGCCCGCUGGCACGCCGGCGGGCACCAGCAUUGGGUUGCUCAGUGGUGCGAUGAACCGAAUUUGGGAUACUGCUUCUUGUGUGAACGCCCCAUGAGGCUCAGUGACUGUAGCGAAGAUGACUACGCAGUGGCGGCCAGAAACGAAAAGGAUCAGCAAGCACCGGGGGUCAGCGUUGCAAAGGAUGGCUGGGGAACAAUGGCCAGCAUUGCAAAGGAUGGGUGGGAGACGGGGACCCACAGCCCGCCUGCGUAUCCCACGGAGUCGAGCGAGUGGCCAUCGUCCGUGGAAGCCGCGGCGGGGACCAGCAGCUACAUUACCGGCGACAGCGGGCGGUGCCAGCACAUAGGUUUGGACCUCGAACGCCUGGAUAUGCACGUGUAUGAUCUCUGGGAUCAGCCGACGGUGCUCUGGGGGUGCAGUCUUCUUAAGUGCACUACACCCUGGAAGGGCAACAAAGGGAUAAUGAAGUGCAUAGACUGCACCACAUUCUUAUGCUCUGGGUGGCCGGUGGACAGGGAAAGUCCGCAGGGGCAUGCCCUCUCGCACGCCCUCGGCAGCCUGCAUUGGGUUGCUCAGUGGUGCGAUGUACCGAAUUGGGGAUACUGUUUCUUGUGUGCGCGCGGUAUGAGGCUUACUGACUGGACCAAAGAUGGCUAUGCAGCGCCAGCCAGAAACGUAAUGGACGAUCAUGCGUCUGGGUAUGCUUGUGGUGAUGGCUACUUUAUCAGAAGGAUACCGAACUUUGGACUAACAUGCUACAUGAAUGCAACACUGCAGUGCCUCCUUGCCCUUGGAAAGAUGAGGACAAUCAUUCAAAGUCCAGAUGCUCAUUUGGGGAGCAUUGGUCUGCUCCUGAAGCAGUUGUUCCUAGAGACACUCAUUGCAAAUGAUGCCAGAUACACGCUGAACCCAUUGAUGAUACUGGAAGCUAUGCGUGAACGUUAUCCGAAUCGGUUCGUGGGCGGGAAGAUGGAAGACAGCCAUGAGUUCCUUAUAUCUUUAUUCAAUGCUGUGGAUACGGAGGUGGAGGAGAAAAACGGAGAGCAUGUCUUGCAAGGGGGCGAAGUGUUUCCUACGUUUGGCGUUUCUCUUUUCGGUGGUCAGCUGUUUGAGACCAUAUCCUGCCAAAGGUGCCGGCGUAAUGAUCUUCGAACCGUUGAUUUCGGUGAACUCUUUUUGUCACUUCCAGAGAAGGAUCCUCCAGCCAGAAGCGUUGCAUCACCACCAAUGAACAAAAGCCACAAAUCUCAAACUGACAAUAGUGGUGGGGAUAAUAAGGUUCAAACAGUUGCUGAAGGCAGUACUUCUCAGAUUCCCGGUUCAGGAUUGGGAGAUGGGGCAAUGGAGAAAACCCCCAGACCUUUGCAAGUUGAUUCUAGCGAAGUGAAGGAUGUUGUACACGGUCAUAUGCAGACUCAGAAGAAUGAUGUCAAACAAGAGAUCAUUGAGGUGCCAAUAGAAAUUUUGGAUUUCAUUCCUGACUUAUUUGAUGACACUGAAGGAAUGGAGGAAGCAACAACAGAUUCUCGCAAUCCAAAAGAUAAGGAGACGACUUACUCAGUAAAAGUUACUACCAAAGACAAGGAGGAAGCUCAGAGCAGUGAUAUUGCUCAUGAUGAGGCCGAACAUAUGAACUCUCUUGGGUCGAUUGAGGAUUUCUUGAAACUGUUUGCCCGAGGGAAGGAACGUUGUGAGAACUGCUCCAAGGUUGCUGAACAGAUCGUGGGAAGAACCAAUAUAAAUACGACUGUUGAUGGAGAUCAGACUGAGCUGUCAGACAGGAAAACAUGCCCAAGUGAGCGAUCUAGUGACUGUAAUAGCUUGUCCGUAGAAUCUCCAAGUAGGCAACCAUAUUGUUCGGAUGUACAUCAUCAAGUUUUACUCUCUGAAAACAUAACUACUGAAGAAAUCACUCCAGGGACGAGCUGUGGUGAAAAGGACUCUGCCUCUUGCAGCAUAGCCAAUGAAAAAGCUGAAAUUGAUCAAGGUGUACAAGAAGCUGGGCUUCCAGCUGAUAAACAGACUGACCUGCUCAAUGCCCAGGAUAGUCCGGAUACCAGCACUCAAAAUCAGGGUUGUGCGAAGCAGGCAAUGCUGGAUGAUCAUACUGCCGAACAAAUGGAGGAAAACCAAAAUAAGCAGAAAGAUGGUAACAGUUGUGCAAUUCGAACACAGUUGAUUAACAAGCUACCAGCUGUAUUAAUCGUUCCAUUUAAGAGAUACAACAGCGAUCUUUCUAAAGUGAGAGGGCGUGUGAGCUUUAAAGAGAUUCUUCAUCUUGGACCAUUCAUGGACCCCAGGUCUGAGGACAGAGCUAACUUCAGAUACCGUCUAGUUGGUGUCAUUGAGCACUCUGGGCAUCAAAUGAAUGCAGGGCACUACAUUGCUUAUGUGCGGGGGGCAGGUCACAACCAUGAGAGCAGUGGCUCUUCCUCGUGGGUUAGUGCAAGCGAUCUCGACAUCAAGGAAGUCUCCCUAGAAGAAGUUGUCCGCUGCGAGGCGUACAUGCUUUUCUACGAGAGAAUGGAGGACACUGAUGCAUGUCCGGCAUUCUACCCAACUAAGCAAUCAGAAGCAGGGGCACCGACAAAAGAAGCAGAAGGGUUAGAUUAGCAAGCAAAGCAUAGUUUAGAUGGCCAAGUGUACCGUCGUGGUCCUACUUACAUAGAGCCUGUUGUCAAGUCCAAUUUUGUUGAUUUUGGCUGGCUGAGUCAUUGCAGUUGCAGAAUUUUGCAUUGGUUGCAACUUGUAGCGUAGUCAGCUGGAGAGAACCAUUUCUUUUCUGUCCAUGAAAGUAUAUAGUAAUUCUUGUCAGAACGACACAGGAUAGGUACGACACUGAAUAUUUUUUUGGUAGAAAGGAGACUGAAUACGUAGGAAGACACUGGAUAUUUUUUGCAUUCUGCAAGAAUUUAGAUACACCUCUAAAAAUAAACAUGCAGGGUUCUGAACUUGUUUUUUC